AUGACAAAGCUUUCCUUAUUCCAGCAAAUGCCCCCAUCUGAGCUGUUCCUACAGAACGGGCCAUUCCCUGCAAAAGGGCAGCCGAGUUUCCGAACCCGAAUGAUGAUGAUGAUGUCGACAAGCAGCCGCGGAUCGAGUUUCGACAUCGACAGCAUUGUUCCGCAGCUGUCACAUGAACGUCAUGCCAAGCCGUCAGAUGCAUCCUGCGAAAACAGAUCGAGCUUCGACAGCAGUAUAGUUGCAUUCUGUGUUGCCUGGAAGAGAUUAUGGCGGAACAUCAUCGCGAAGCGGACUCGGCUUCGAAUCCGAGCUGAAGGCAUAUUUUGCCGUGUUAUCAAAUUUUUGGUGUGCUCAGUGACCCUGGGACUAUUUGCAAAAACAAUAAAAGUGUCGGGAACGAACGCAGUUGGCUAUCCAUCGUUCAUUCAGUCGAGGAAAAUGUGGAACACAGGAGUGAAGAAGGAGAAGAGGGAAAAUCGGAAUGAAAAGACCCCGGGGGUAACAGGCGAGUUCCUCUGGAGUCGCCCGGGGUUUUCCAUUCCUUUCGCCUCCUCCCCCUGCUCGGCCAUUACGCGCUUAAUUACAACGCUGUCCCCGGGCUCAGGCCAACGGAAACGAUUAAAAACGAGUGUCUCCGUCGGAACAGAGCUGUGGACGGAGAAUCCGGCCGACGUCUCCAUCAUGUCUUCCCAUUGGGCCUUUGUUCUGGAUCUUUAA